AUGGCAGAACAAAUUAGCCACAAGAAAUCACUGCGUGUGAGUAGACUCGGCAGAGACAGACGGCAGCUACUAAAAGAAUAUUAUAAAUUAGAGUCUGCUCAAGAGGAAGCGCUUGCUGAAACAGGGAAUGGAAAGCUCGAACACAAUCAAAUAGAAAAUGCUGCGGAUGUUUCAGAAUCGCCAGAGAAGGAAGUAGAAAAGAGCAUUGGCGAUCAGACGUUCAAAGAACUGGUGCAGACUCAUAACACACUGCUGAAGAAAGAGACUGAAACGAAUAACUCUAUAAAGAAUACGAUAUACGAGAAUUAUUACGAUCUGAUCAAGGUAGAUACCCUGCUUAAAGGAAUUACGGAGGCUAAUGAACCCCAACUGAGCCAAUUGAGGAAAACUGUUGAGAUGCUGAGGAAAUAA